AUGUCACACACACAACUAAAUCAUGGCUUCUUCUAUAAGGACAGUGGUAAAGUAAAUGACAGAGAUUCACUAGAAGAUUUAAGCGAUUCCGCACAAAGAUAUUUUAGGAUAGGAUGUACUCCACCGAAGACUUCAGAAAGAAUUGAAAUUGUUCAUCAGAGCCCCCAAAAAUCAAAGAUAACAACGUCAAGGACCUUUAAUAGAAAGCGGGUAUGUGUGUCACGUGAAUUACCUUUGGAGGCCAAGAACACAAAAGGGUUAACGAGGGUCCUAAAAGGUGCCGGUAAUAGAUAUGAACGUAAUAGGAUACAAAGGUUCGAAGAAACUCAUGCAUCUCGAAAUGGCUCAGCUUAUGGUGCAUAUGAAGAAUUCGAUGAAGAGAACUUUACUUCUUCUGUAAGCUUUAAAUCUAUUGUGAGUGCAGUCUUCUCUAAUUCCAUCUUUCAAAAUCCCUUGGGAGAACAUACUUCAAAUACGAAUCCUUUCAUCGAAAAUAGCUUUGGUGGAAUCUUAGACCAAUUGGAUGGUGUUAAUGAGGAUCAUCUUCUCAUCUGUACUAAAAAUGAGUCUUUGAACUCCUGCUUUUUAAUGCGUUUUAUUGAAAGGCGCAGAAGAGCAUCCGCCGCUGUUAAAGAGGCGGCUAGAAUGGCAUCCAUUCGUUGCAAGACAAGGGAAACCGCUAGGAUAAAUGCAGAGGAAGCAGUCAUUCAGGUGCAUACUAGAAAUCUUAAAUUGAGUUUUCGGGACCAGGAAGAAUCUAAAGAUUGUUCACAAAAUGAAGUGAACAUUAUCAAAGAUUUGGAUGCGCCCAACACCUCUUUGAUGGAAGAAGCCAAUUUAUCUGUGGGAGCUGACCUUUUUUUUGAAGGUGAUAUAAAACAGUGUGGUUUUGAACCGACUAUUGACGCUUGUUGGAAACUCAAUGAUGGUUUGUGUCCUCAUGUGGAGGCACUCAUUUACGACUCAGUAGAUGGUGAUAUUAACGAUCUUAAAGUCAAAAUUGGUGACCACCAGCCUUGUUCAUGGUUAACCGUUUUGGUCUCACAAAUUGAAAUAUGGGGAACGGAUUUUCAACGUACAGAUUGCUGGGACCCGCUGUUGAAACCUGAUAAUCUUCAGAAAGUAACCUCUAAUGCAGAAGUCUCGGCAUCAAUAGAAGAAACGAACUGUGUAUCUAAAAAUAAUAUUGAUGGAGGGGUCAGCUUUAGCUUGCAAUCCGCUGGGGGAGAAGGCAAUUUUUUUUUUUACUCCACAUCUCUUAAAUCAAUCGUUUGUUGA